UUAUUAAGUAAUCCAUCCUCAAGUUCAUCCAAUUCGGAUAUGGAACAAGUAAAUUCUUCAAGAAUUUCACUAAUUCUACUGGAAUGCAAUUUACAAAUAAUGUCAAGCUUUGAUGUUUCACGAGCAGUUAGAGCAAUGAGGCCACCAAUUUCAAAUAUACCGAUUAUUAUAUUAACGAAUUCACUUACUGAAGAGAUAAAAAAUAAAUAUAUUAAAUUAGGAAUAAAUGAUUAUCUCGCAAAACCUCUGAAAAUUGAAGAGCUUGAAAAU